AUGUCGUCCCGUUUCCCAGGCCGUCAGUCUCCUGAGCCGGAGCGCCAGACCGGCCCCCAGCAGCGUGACCCACCCAGCCGUGGCAUCCUCAACGGCACAUUAUCUCGCCCGGCCCCUGAAUACGCACAUGAACUGGCUAGCCAUGGAACAGAGAAUCUGGAAAGUAAUCCGGAGCAUCCACUGGAGAAAAUUGAGGCAGCGAAGUUCGCGAAGGGGCCACAAAGAAUGAUGUGA